AUGCAAGUCAACUCAGAGGUGACGUGGAUAACGCCAAUAGUAAAUUAUCUAAUGGCAGGAACGCAACCCGCAAAUCCGGUCGAAGCGAGAAAACUUCGAAUGAAAGCUGCCAGGUAUGCACUCAUAGAAAACGUCAUCUUCAAGAAGUCUUUUUCAGUUCCCUAUCUACGUUGCCUAAUCCCAUCCGAGGUGGAGUGGACCCUGAAAGAACUACACGAGGGAACUUGUGGCAAUCAUUCUGGAGGGAGGAGCUUGGCACACAAGGCGAUAACGCAAGGCUACUGUUGUGCCUAA